GCGACUGCGCCUCGACCAUUUUAACCCGCACCACAUUUCUACCAAUGUAGGAAAGAGCACCGGGAUCCAAGUUGUUUGUUUCAAUUAACACGGGGCAGACAACGUGGCUGGAAAGGGAGGCAGUGAGACGUCAGACUAUCGCGGCGUGAUACAGGCUGUCUCAAACCCCGGUGAGCUGCCUAUCGAGACAGCUUUGUUUUGGGCAUCAUACCGUCUUCGUGCUUGCUCCGGGCAGCAUUCAUUCACUGUCGCUGUCUACACACACAUGUACACUUUGUGUGAACGUGCAGAGAAGUUGAAGAUGCCACUCUGAAUCGCUCCUGACAUCACGGCACUUGGUUUGACGAGAUAACAAACAAGUGGUUUUCUAUGGAUUCAUUAAUUGCCACCCUGUCAAACCCCACAGUGCCUUCCAACAAACACAUCUGAGUGCUGCAAACAGGUGACUGUAAUUAAGGAGGCUGGCGGCGGGAAGUUGCUGUGCCGCUAGCUGCGCCUCCCCGGAGAGUAAGGGCAACAGGCGGGCCACCCACUGAUCGGGAGGCCACCUCCAUACCUCGGCUGUCCUCUCGAACAGAUCGAGGAAGGCCUCCAGAUCAUCAUUUGGCCCUAUCUUCAUCAGGGCCACAGGUGUGGUAGACUUGGAAGCACUGUUCCUGCUCCAGGCGCACCUCCAUGAGGGCUUGAUGCUGGUUCUUCUGGAUGCUGGUUAGGGUCUUGAAGACUUCGUCCAGCGGUGAGGACUCCAUAAGGGCAUUCUCCUCCAAAGUUGGGUUUUUGGCACCACUGUAACAAGGAUCAAUCCAGCUCUUCACACAGCUUCCAAUCUGAAGCUAAGCCACCUGUACAGCCGGUGCCUGCUGCAGCUUGGACUGCGCCCAAAUCCGAGCAGGGUGCUGGAUUUAUUCAUACAUCAAAACAUGGAGACAUUUGGAUGAUCCUCAGAGUAAAGUGCCUCCAUGGCUUCUGUGCAGGAGAAUCACUAUAAAUAGGCUGCCACCAAGUCUCGGGAUGGGAAUAUAAACAAAUGUCGUCUUUUAUCUGUUAUUUCUCAGAAAGGCUUAAGUACAAGACUCCAUGAGAUGUGAAGAGAUGUCACCUGCUAUGGAGGAAAAUUUGAGACCUGGGAAUUACUAAAAAGAUCCUUCUUUUGUGUUGUCAUCAAGUCCUACCUAGACAACAAAUGUCCACACGUUCCUUAAGAAUUGUCACUUAUACAGCAUUCUAAGAGAAACAGAAGCCUUCCUCAGCUUUCCUGGCCUGCUGCAAAGGAACAAACAAGAAUUUUUUGACUAAGCAGGUUUUAGUGAAAAGUAUAGCUUGAUACUUCAUGUCUACUAGAAAGAUGUUGUGUAUGUGUGUGGGUCUCUGUGUGUGGUUUGUGUCUGACAGUGUCAGCAAUAGUUGAACAAUGUUUUUCUUGUGUUUUAGUGAAGAUUCUGCAGUUACAAGCUCACAGCUUCUCCAGAGGCUCCAGAGAACCAUCUUAUGUCUUAUGAAUGUGGUGAUGAGCAAAACCAAUGUCAAAAGAUCAGACUGGUAGAGUUUCCAUCAUGAGAAUGUGUUGAAGUACCUGGACAAGAUGAGGUGUUUCCGAAAACGUUCGGCCAUUCCCUUCCUGGUGGCUCUCAUUACCUUCUUGCUCUUCAUAAACCUCUACAUUGAGGAUGGAUAUGUGCUGGAGGAAGAUAAACGUCAGUUGCGAGAGACCUCAAUGCAUCCUCUUAACUCAGAGCGAUAUGUUCACACCUUUAAAGACAUCACCAAUUUUUCUGAAACCAUCAAUGUGACUUAUCGAUACCUUGCUGGAACACCUUUACCUCGAAAGAAGUAUCUCACCAUUGGAUUGUCAUCUGUGAAACGAAAGCGAGGAAACUACCUGUUGGAGACCAUCAAGUCCAUUUUUGACCAAUCAAGCUAUGAGGAGCUCAAAGAGAUUGUAGUAGUUGUCCACUUGGCAGACUUUGACCUUGCAUGGUGUGAGAGCCUAGUUCAAGAAAUCUCAAGGAAGUUUGGCCACCAUAUUAUCGCAGGCCGACUGUUGGUUAUCCAUGCCCCUGAGGAGUACUACCCGUCCCUGGAUGGGUUGAAGAGAAACUAUAAUGAUCCUGAGGACAGGGUACGCUUCCGUUCAAAACAGAAUGUAGAUUAUGCUUUUCUCCUCAACUUCUGCACCAACCUCUCUGAUUUCUACAUGAUGUUAGAGGACGAUGUACGAUGCUCUCGGAACUUUCUCACAGCCCUGAAGAAGGUGGUAACUUCUAGGGAGGGCUCAUAUUGGGUGAUGCUGGAGUUCUCUAAACUGGGCUACAUAGGGAAGUUAUACCACUCAAGAGACCUUCCCAGACUUGCCCAUUUCCUGCUCAUGUUUUAUCAGGAGAUGCCUUGUGAUUGGCUUCUUAUCCAUUUCCGGGGUCUGCUGGCCCAGAAGGAUGCCAUUCGCUUCAAGCCAUCACUUUUCCAACACAUGGGAUACUAUUCCUCUUAUAAGGGUGCAGAGAACAAACUCAAGGAUGAUGACUUUGAGGAAGACUCCCUUGACAUCCCAGACAACCCACCUGCAAGUCUGUACACCAAUAUCAAUGUGUUUGAGAGCUAUGAUGCUGCCAAAGCGUACAGUAGCGUGGAUGAGUACUUUUGGGGCAAAGCUCCGUCAACUGGGGACUUUUAUGUUAUAGUAUUCAACAAAGAAACAAAAAUUAGCAAAAUCAAGAUCAUCACGGGAACAGAUGAUCGGCAGAAUGAUAUUUUGCAUCAUGGAGCUCUGGAAGUGGGUGAGAAAUUAGUAGGAACAAAGAAGGGAAGGCAGUGCUCCUCCUAUAUAACAUUAGGGGAGUUUAAAAAUGGAAACAUUGAGGUUCACGAUGUGGACCACAAGAUUGCUUUUGAUAUCGAGUGUGUUCGUAUUGUGGUAACGGCAAGUCAGAAAGAAUGGAUUAUCAUUAGAAGCAUUAGCCUGUGGACUACACAAGGGGCAAGUCAAUGAGAACUUUUUUGAACCUUAGUUAAAGGCACAACUGUCAACGGUUUUAUUUAUCUAUUUAUUUAAUUAUACAAUUUCUAAAUUAUUUAUUCAUUCUUAUGAGAGAAAUCUUUAUUUAUUCAUUAAACUUUUGUUAAAGCCAAAUUUCAAAGGGGGUUUCGAACAGUUCUGACAUAAACAAGAUUUUUUUAUAAAGACAUUUAGCAUACUUAUCCUUAUGCCCCCCUUUUCCAUUGUUACACCAUAAUGUUUGCUCCUCAGCUAAAACUUUCAGCACCUAAAAUAUCUUGGCUCUCCUUUUUUUUCAAUAUCUUAACAGACAGAAAUAUCCAAGUGUAGCCACUGAAAAUGCAGCAAGCUUGGUUCAAAAGUUGCUUGACGCUGAACUGUAAACCUUUCAUGGUAACACUUUACAAUAAGGUUCCAUUCGUUUACAUUAGUAAAUGCAUUAGGUGCCAUGAACUAACAAUGAACAAUAUAUUUUUACAGCAUUUAUUAAAAUUUGUUAAGGUUAGUUAAUAAAAAUGCAAUUGUUCAUUGUUAGUUUAUGUUAGUUCGUAGUGCAUUAACUAAUUUAAUAAAAAUGCAACUUUGGAUUUGUAUUAGUAUAUGUUGAAAUUUACAUUAACCAAUAUUAAUAAAUGCUGUGAAAGGAUUGUUCAUAGUGCAUGUUAACUAAUGUAGUUAACUAAUGUUAACAAAUGGAACCUUAUUGUU